AUGCAGAUUCUGGGAACUGCUUACCUGCUGUUUAUUUUCUUUCCUGUGUUAGUUGUAAAUGAUGAUUUUCUGGAAGCUGAGGUACUGCUGGGUGGGAAGAAGGAUACAGAUGGUGUCCUGGGCGCAUUUGUAAACGAUUUCUUUGCUGAUUCUCAGUGGCAGUUGAUAGUCGAUUUGGAUUUACUAAAGAGCUUGUUCAUCCGACCCAGCAGUAAAUUUGAAAAGGCACUGAAGACCGGCGACGAGUCGUACAUUCAGCACCUACUUAGUUUGCUCGAACCACUCAAGGUCAGUAUUGUUUCUAGCGUAAGGUUCGGAAGCAUCAAACUGUUGUAA